AUGUCCGCCACCCAGACCACCACCCAGACCGCUAGCACCUUCGCGCCCGACAUUAACCUCGACGGCUACGACGAGGAGCAGGCCCGCUUCAUGGAGGAGCGCUGCAUCCUCGUUGACGAGAACGACAAGGCGUACGGCGAGGGCUCGAAGAAGCAGUGCCACCUUAUGACCGAGAUCAACAAGGGUCUGCUCCACCGCGCCUUCUCCGUCUUCCUGUUCCGCCCUUCGGACGGCCGCUUGCUCCUCCAGAAGCGCGCGUCGGAGAAGAUCACGUUCCCCGACAUGUGGACCAACACUUGCUGCUCGCACCCGCUCUACAUCCAGUCGGAGCGCAUUGAGGAGGGCCAGAUGGGCGUCCGCAACGCUGCCAUUCGCAAGCUCGAGCAUGAGCUCGGUAUUCCCGUCGAGCAGAUGAAGACCGACGACUUCACUUUCCUCACCCGGAUACACUACCUCGCUCCUAGCAGCGGCCAGUGGGGCGAGCACGAGGUCGACUACAUCAUGUUCACGGCCCUCGACGUGACGCUUAACAUCAACGCCAACGAGAUUGGCGACCACUGCUACGUCUCCAAGGCUGAGCUCGAGGCCAUGUUCGAGGACCCCAACUGCAAGAUGACGCCGUGGUUCAAGCUCAUCUCCCGCGACCUCCUGUACCCCUGGUGGGAUGAGAUGCUUGCCAAAAGCCGUGCGCUUGGCUGGAACCCGGAGAAGGGCACCGGGCGGGUCAACGCACACGUUCUCGAGGGCGGCGACAAGGUCAACGACCUCAUCAAGAUGGUCUAA